AUGGGAACGUAUCGAAAGCGCUUCAAUGAGAAGGCCAGAGCUGGCCAAAUGGCAAAGCUGAAAGAGCUGAAGAAAGUGAGGAACAAGCAGUUUUUGAGACACUCAGAAGAUGGCAAUGACACGCAAGAUACUUCAGGCAAUGAGGAGACUCGUAACACUAAUGCUGAGAUUUUGCAGCCUUUGACAGAGGAGGAAAAGGAGGCCAAAAAGAGAAAACUCGAGGAACUACUCAAACCUCAAGAGUCCAAAGUUUCUAGACUCAAGAAGAAGCGACUAGAUAAGUUUGUGGAACACCAGCUUAAGAGAGAGGAGAAAAAGGCUAUUAUAGAAAAGUUGCAAGAGCACAAAAUCGACACAGGCAUGCUCACGAGUUCCAAAAACCUGGGGCAUGGGCGGCAGACCAAGAAACAACAGUUCCAGGAGGCCCUGGAGCUCGAGAAAAUGGGUCGUAGUGACGAAAAUGUGCGAAAUAUUCUUUACAAGGAGCACGAAGUCAAAGAAUGGGACGAGAGUGAUUCCAGCGAUGCAGAAAAUGCAUCAGGCAGCGAUGAUUCCAAUGAAGGUUUACAAGACCGCGAGAGCGGUGUUAAUGACCAAAAUAUUCACACCUCUACCUCGACGUUUGUUGACAACAGGCCUGCCAAGUUUGGUGGAUCUGGAAUCGGGUUUGGUUUUCAAAACGCUAAAGUUGUGCACAAGACCAAGGCGCCAUCCAAAAAACGAUACAACUGGCGUGAAAGAGUUCAAAUGGAAGAGGCUCGCAAGCAUAACAAAGAUGAUGAGAUGGACUUCGCCUCUACCGACUCUGAAAGCGAACUAUCGGGUGAGGGCGAAGCCGAGUCCUCUGCUGUCGAUGAUGACGCGUCCGAAUCGGGUUCUGAGUCGGACGAUUCACACUCCGAUUCUGAACCAUCCCAACCUACAGGAACUGCGGCCGAAAGCUUCAAAGAGUGGGCUGAGAGCGAAAUAAAGAAAUUAGAGGGCCGUGAUGUACCGUUGGAAACCCCACAGCUACAGGGUCCAUACGAAAAAAUCACCAGAACUGAAGAUUUGGACGACGGCCUUGUUGACGACGCCGCACCAAUAGACGAAAAAUCUACUCGAAAGGCUUUCUACAUCAACGUUACUAGGCCUGACGAGAUACAAGAAGCUCGUAUGCAACUGCCGGUUUUCGGCGAAGAGCAUAAAUUAAUGGAAGCUGUUCAUCACAAUGAUAUCAUAGUGAUCUGUGGUGAGACCGGUUCUGGUAAAACAACACAAGUUCCACAGUUUCUAUUUGAAUCGGGAUACGGUGACAAAAGCUCUGUCGAUACACCCGGAAUGAUUGGUAUCACACAACCGCGUAGGGUUGCAGCCGUUUCUAUGGCCAAGCGUGUCUCCUCAGAACUCGGCAAUCAUGGUGGUAGUGUUUCUUAUCAGAUAAGAUUUGACUCCACCGUUUCUAACAACACAAAGGUCAAGUUCAUGACUGACGGUGUGCUGAUGAGAGAGAUGAUGAACGAUUUCAUGCUCAGCAAGUAUUCUGCUAUUGUCAUUGACGAAGCACAUGAAAGGAACAUCAAUACUGACAUAUUGAUUGGAUUGCUUAGCAGAUGUGUCAAACUGCGCGCUAAGAACCAUGCGAAGGAUUCUUCCUCUACUAAAAAGCUAAAACUGAUCAUCAUGUCCGCUACUUUAAGAGUCUCUGACUUUAGUGAAAACCAGGCACUAUUCCAGAUACCCCCUCCUGUGCUCAAAGUCGACGCUCGUCAAUAUCCCGUAUCGGUGCACUUUAAUAAGCGUACCGCAUUCAACUAUACAGAGGAGGCUUUCAGGAAAACAUGCAAAAUCCAUCAAAGAUUACCAAGAGGUGCCAUUUUGAUCUUUCUUACAGGGCGACAGGAAAUCACAGACAUGGUAAAAAGACUUCGUUCGGAAUUUCCCUUCCCAAAGGCUUCAAAGAGCUACAAGGAGAUCGGAAAAAGUAACCCAACAGUCAAAGUAAACGCAAAGAAUGUUGAAGUUGAGGCUGAGGACGUCGAUUUUAGCGUGAAGGUGGUCGAAGACGAAGGUAACGAAGAUGGAGAUGAUUUCGAAGAAGACGAUUCUGAAGAAGAAGGUUUUGAUGAAAACUUAGAGGAAGGUCAAACGGCUACAGAUCCUCUUUUCGUGCUGCCGUUGUAUUCCUUGUUGCCCACAGAAGAGCAGCUGAAAGUCUUUAAAAACCCCCCUGACGGCUCAAGAUUAUGUGUCGUUGCUACCAACGUCGCUGAGACUUCUUUGACUAUCCCAAACGUUCGAUACGUUGUCGACUGCGGCAGAUCAAAGGAAAGAAUCUACAACGAAACAAACGGGGUUCAAAGCUUCGAAGUGGGGUGGGUGAGUAAAGCUUCAGCAGAUCAAAGAAGCGGUAGAGCCGGUCGUACGGGUCCCGGUCAUUGUUACAGGUUGUUUUCCUCUGCGGUUUAUGAAAACGACUUUGAACAAUUCUCGAAGCCUGAAAUUCUGCGAAUGCCGGUAGAGAGUGUUGUUUUACAAAUGAAGAGUAUGGCAAUUCACAAUAUCAUGAACUUUCCAUUCCCAACGCCUCCAAACCGCGACUCUUUGGCAAAAGCUAUAGACUUGCUUCAACACCUAGGAGCUCUCGAUCGUAAAGAGGCUAUUACCGAAGACGGAAAGAAAAUGAAUCUAUUUCCUUUGAGUCCAAGGUAUUCUAAGAUGCUUUUGGUAGGCAACGAAAGCGGUUGUUUACCGUACAUCAUAUCAAUUGUUAGUGCACUUUCUGUGGGAGAACCCUUCAUCUCGGAGAACGAACUGGGAAUUGGGGCGCCUGAGGUUGACACUGAAGACGCAGAGAAGCCAAAUGACGACUUGGCAGAUCAUAGAAAGCAGUUGCGAACCAACUAUCUCAAAAGUCAACUGAAAUUUUGCAAGCUGGACAAGCACAGCGAUGUCCUCAAGCUAUUGAGCGCAGUGAGCUCGUUGGACUACAUCAAAGCCGAAGACAGAGCCUCGUUUAUGAAAGCGAAUUUUAUGAGGCCUAAAAUAGUGGAAGAAACGAGAAAGCUGCGGAAACAAAUUCUUUACAUUGUCAAGUCCAACACAUCCAGAGAGAAUGUGGCUGUCAGCGUUUCCGAGGAAGACCUCAAAUCCAGUGUGCCAACCGCAGACCAAGUGAAACUCCUGAAGCAAAUGGUGUGUGCUGGUUUUGUCGACCAAGUGGCCAUCAGGGCUGAUCUUCUUGCUCCCGAUGAAUGCAAGAUAACGAACCGAACUGCAGUGUCCAUGGUGUCAUAUAUACCAGUUCUGGCGCCCAUAGUUCCUGGUGACAUCUCGCAGAAUUUUGUGUAUCUGCAUCGGACCUCGAUUCUCAACGAUAUUGGCGAACAGCCGCCCAAAUAUUUGGUCUAUCAUUCCUUGCAUCUGAACAAACAGACUGAGAAGUCCAAGACACGCAUAAAGCCGUUAUGUGACAUCAAGAGCACGCCUUUGGUCAAUAUUGCACGCAAGGGCUCUCUCAUCACGUACAGCAAACCCCUCACAGGCCAAGGUGUUCGUCCGAUCGACAUUUCGACCACUGAAAGACUGUGCUAUGUCAGGCCACGCUUUGGAACCACGAUCGACAGCGACUUGAAAGUCGGGUGGGAUCUCAAUCCAGUAGCCGUGCGUCAGAAAAAAAUUGCCGGUCAAUGGGUUGUUGAAAAACUCAUUACAGCGAAAAACUACAAAGACUCCAGUGCUGAUAAGGCCAACAAAUGA